GUGAAAUUACUACACUCCCCCUUGAAGUGCAAGUUCAAGGACAUACUGUAUAUAUCAGUUAUAUUUGUCUUUUGUUUUCCCUUCCAAAUCUGUCCACCAACCACUUCUUUCUCCUGCAUUCCAACAGUUGGUCCAAGGGGUAAUGAAGACCAGAAGAGGUUGACGGUCCACUACACGACCUCUCAGCACUACCAGGACAAUGUUUUCAUUGAGGGCAACAGGCCACAGUACCUGGAGGACCUGCACACUGAAGCUCAGGAGGGACUCAAGAUACUACAGCAGGAAGAACACAUGAAUGGAGUGAAUUUUCCUGAUGAUGAGAGCAUUACUUCCACAGACACUCUCCGUCCAGACCAAGAUAUCAGCUCCAAGGACAGAGGUGGCUCUCCAUCAAGAUCCAUUGACGGGAAUACUGAUACUACAGUAACUUCUGUUCUGUCCACAAGGCCUGUGAUCACACGCCAAGGUUCUACAUUCAAGCCCUUGAACCCAGUGAAAAGAUUAGAAAAGGGCAAGAAGAGGAGCAGAAGGACCACCAUCAUGGGCAUCCCCAACCAUGUCCAGAAAGAACUUGUGGUGCACAGAAGCUCCACCUUCCAGCCACUUGUUACUACCCAGCUCUCUAAUCAUGACGAACAAGUCAGUGACAGUCAAUCAGGUGUUGUUAUCAUUCUUACGGUUGAUGGAGGGACUCCAGUAGCAAAUAAGGAGGGAGCAAGAGUGCACCUUUCAGAACUGGAGCUGGAAUCUGGAGAUGAGCAACUGCUGUGGAAGAAACUACAGGCAGUGUACCAAGAUGAGCCAUCCUUCAACCACCAAGGUUCUGGUGCCCAUCUCUGCUCCACAUCCACCCUGAGACCCAAGUCUGUUGCUGUCCCUGGAAUGACCGCUUCAUCUUCCUUCUGCCCUACAACAGUGCUUAGCUUCUUCCAGGAACCCCAGGUCAGAAGGAAAUCAGACUGUUACUUCAGGAAAUGUUUUCAAACUUCAGGAUUCAAUCUGGUCCUGUCCUAA